CGUUUCACAGAGUGACGUCCCUUGAUUACAAAUGGCCGCGCCCUUGGGAAUGCAACCGGUGUGGUGAUGUGCUCAACAACCAUAGGAAUAUAUGGUUAAUACAUCAGUAGCAGCUCAAAUAAGCACUUAAAUGACCAUCAUGGAAAGACUUUUAACGCGAAAAAUAUGCGCAGUAUGGAUGCCACGUGUCUUUUCUUGCAGUAGAAACGUGUCUAGAUUCCAUGAUUGCGUGAGGAUUAAGCUGCCACAGCAAACCUCCUAUCCACAGAAUGCCGGCUUGCUCCAUAGGAAACUACAGAAAAUUUCUCCAACAAUGUUAAGAGGUUUACAAGAAAAGCUGAGAAAGGAGAAAACAAUGUCCUGGAAAGGUUUUGCUGUGUUGACAAUUUUCUGCAGUUGUUUGUAUGCCGCAUAUGAAUAUGUUGACAAGGAACGAUUAAAAGAAAAAAUGAGGGCAAAGUUUGGAAAUGUUGGUAGUCCUGUUAUUGGUGGUUCUUGGACUUUAACUGACCACAACGGGCAUGUAAGAACAGACAAAGACUUCCUAGGUAAAUGGCUGUUAAUCUAUUUCGGCUUCACCCACUGUCCAGAUAUAUGCCCUGAUGAACUAGAGAAGUUGGCCAAGGUGGUGGAACAUUUCAAUAGCAAGACUGAUGGUCCCAAAAUCAAGCCUAUAUUUGUGACAAUAGACCCAGAAAGAGACACACAAGAAGUCAUGAAGAAAUACUGUCUAGAAUUUUCCUCUGAAUUUUUGGCAUUGACGGGAACUAAAGAACAGCUGGACGAUAUAUAUAAAAAAUUCCACGUCUUCUUCUAUUAUGGAGACAAGGAUGAAACAGGAGACUAUCUGGUGGAUCACACCCUUCUCACUUUCCUGAUGACACCCAAGGGAGUAUACGUGGACCACUUCUCCAACAGAGUAUCGUUGGACAGCAUGAUUGAAAACAUCUCACUGAGAAUGGAAAAGGAUAAUCCUAAAAAAUCUUGAUGGGUAUGUGUGGAGUUCUUCUUUGAGAGAUCAGCAUCACCAAAAAGUCACGAUGAAAAAGUUUCUCCAAGACUGAUCCCAUAGGAAAAAGAUGGUACAUGAAAAUAGCCUCAGAAUUGAUCUUAGGAUGUGGAUAUUACUCAAAGGCAAGCCAUGGAUGAAAUUUUCAUGAGUAGCUAUAGUUCUUUGGCAUCCGCAAGCUCUUUCUCUAAAAUGAAAUAUACUGAUACGAAAAUUAUCAUACCCAUGUAUACUGUAAAAGCAUACAUUGAUAUACAGUAUAUGCAGUGUGUAGCAUUUUUCACGACAAGUAUUUAAGCGCGAACAAUAUUCACUUUUUUUUUCAUUUCUACUUUAUCAAUAUCAUAUAUGUCCAUCGACAUGGGAGUAGGUAAAGCUAUUUGCCUCGAUAUUAUUCCUUUGAAAAUAAAUGAAGCAGUAUGUUGUGUAAGAACAUUAAAUAUUCUUGAAAAAUAGUUACAGAUUUUCACUUGCAUACAGACCAAGUAUGCUGUCUCAGGUCAGUGGACUAGUGAUUUUUUUGACCUGACUGGUACAAAGCAAAGAUCAGCAUCAAUUAACACAUGACAUCAUAGUUAUUUUCUCAAAUUUGUAUACGCUUAACUACAUGAUUUGUCUGUCAAUUAUUUUAAGAAUUUGUCCAGCGAAAACUUUCCCAUUGUGUGAUGUCUGUUGAUAAACAUAUAUUUAAAGUAAGUGGAUAAUAAAAGUGUAAAAAAAGCAUUGUCCUGAAGU